AAGGCUUAAAAUGAAAUAAAACUAAAAUAUUUCCAACUAUUUGCUAUUGACCCAAUCUGUCACUUUUAGAGGUUUAUUUAUGUAAUCUUUUUAGUUUGAGGUUUGUUUUGGGAUAAAUGAAAAAUUAUGAGGUUUUUUUUAACAGUUUAAUCAUAAGUACUAACGAGACCAAAGAGAUUGGUUCGGUCUUAACGGAUAAUCGCCGUUGGGACCAAAACGCUCCAAUACGGUCAGUGACGUCACCGCCGGUCAUCAAUGUCAGGCCACACUUAUCCUCUUCUCUCCCAUUCCGGUUUCCUCCCACCAAAAAAAAAAAACUUCUUUUUAUGUUUUGUUUGUUUCUAUUCCGAUCUUAUCCUACGCCGUCACUCUCCUCCCGGUGCGCACAUUAGCAACACUACUCCCGACGAAUGGAGACGACGACGCCGCAGUCAAAAUCAAGUGUGUCCCACCGACCGCCGUUGGGAAGAGAAGACUGGUGGAGUGAGGAAGCGACGGCGACGCUGGUAGAAGCCUGGGGCAAUCGUUACGUCAAGCUGAACCACGGAAAUCUCCGGCAGAAUGACUGGAAAGACGUCGCCGACGCCGUUAACUCUAGACACGGUGAUAACAGCCGUAAGAAGACCGACUUACAGUGUAAGAACCGGGUCGAUACUUUGAAGAAGAAGUACAAAACAGAGAAAGCUAAACUCUCGCCGUCGACUUGGCGUUUCUAUAACCGCCUCGAUGUUCUAAUCGGUCCCGUUGUGAAGAAAUCGGCUGGCGGAGUUGUCAAAUCAGCGCCUUUUAAGAAUCAUCUGAAUCCAACUGGAUCGAACUCUACUGGAAGCUCUCUUGAAGAUGAUGAUGAGGAUGAUGAUGAGGUUGGUGAUUGGGAAUUCGUUGCUAGGAAGCAUCCUCGUGUGGAAGAGGUAGAUCUGAGUGAAGGAUCAACGUGUAGGGAACUAGCUACGGCGAUUCUCAAGUUUGGAGAAGUUUACGAGAGAAUUGAAGGGAAGAAGCAACAGAUGAUGAUUGAGUUGGAGAAGCAGAGAAUGGAAGUGACAAAGGAGGUAGAGUUAAAACGAAUGAACAUGUUGAUGGAGAUGCAGUUAGAGAUUGAGAAAUCAAAGCACCGGAAACGCGCAAGUGCUUCAGGUAAGAAGAACUCACAUUAGGUUUUCAAGUUACUAGUGGUGGCUUAGACUUUACAUGGUUGUUACUCUUUCUCUUUAAACCGCAUAAUGUAUCCGUGGAAGGACCUUAGAUUUCAACAACAAUGUUAUACCUAUGCUGUUAGUUGUUGUAAGCAUGGAUGAGGCUGGUUAGUAAUUGACUUAUUGUUGAUAUGUGAAAGUCAUGUGCCUCUCUGCUUUUGAAGAAUACCAAUUUUGUCAAUAUACAAUUCAGUUGAGCUUCUGUGCUUCCAGUGGUCUGGCAAGGAAAAGUCUAGAUAGCAUUCUCUUACUUCUUUAGCUUCUCCAGCUUCGUGGAAUGUUGAACUGGAUUAGGAGGAGUAGACUUCCAGGUAAGCAAUUGUAGAAUUAGAUUGGUGGAGGAAAUACCAUGGUGAAGCAAAGAGGAGUUACUUGAAUCUGAAGCUCAUUGAAAUUGGAGGAUCCUGUUACUUGUUUUAAUCUGUAGGAUGGAAGUUAGAGAACUCUUUAGGAUGUCUUUGUUUGUUUUCUUCUACUUUCUAGCGUGUUAGUGUACAUUGGUGUACUGGAGCAAAUCUUCCUUAACUCUUUAGUAGCUGACAAGUAUGAUCUACAUUUGUGUUAGUGUCCACGUAUAAUGAUGGCUUGUGUAUCCAAACUACAGCUUCUGAUGCUUAACAGUUACAUGUUUAUGCUUCUUCUUGGGCUUUUUCAUGUCUAAAUUUUUAU